UGAUGUAUUAUUCUCGAUUCAAUUUUAGUUUCUCUUCUGGGAAUUCACAUAAUCGCCUUCUGAGGGUUAUCUGCCCUGCUAGCUUUGCAUAGUGAAUUUGCUCUCCUUUCCUGUUGUUGAAAGAACUUUUCUGGUACUGCACAGCUGUCAGCACAAUACAGCCACAAAGGUUGUUUGUUUUGGGGGUUUUUUUUGUUACUUUUUUUUUUUUUUCUCCUUUGAAUCAUUCACCACUGAAAAAGAUUUUUGGGGUGGAGCAGAGCAACAUAUUUCACUUCACUACCAUGGGAACACCCAGAUGGAGAGAGGCCAUUGAGAACUUGAUAGAAAGUACAAUCUCUACAAAGCAGGAGAAUACCCUGCUGCUUCUUUCAUGCAAAGUCAAUAUGAAAAUAACAGAGCCAUUUUUUUCCUACUGGGAUUUAAAGCUAGCACCUCAGGCUUGACUUUAUUCCUUAUGCCAGCCUGCUGCAGAGCGGCCGGGUGCAAAGGAACUGGGGAAAUGCCUACAGUUGAUUGUGCAAUUACUGUAGGCUUAGCUGUCCUCUUUGCUGAUGGGGAGCUUUCAGCCUGCGGUUGCUUUCCUGGUGGAGAACUGUAUGACCAUUGUUCAUAAGCAGGGAGAGACCUGUAGAUGUGUAUAUGUAUGUACUAAACCCAGAGCUUUAAAUCUAUUCACUAUAGUAAGAGCUACAGCUAGUGGGAUGAGAGGGAAGAUCCCUUUCUUCUUAUUUGUGGUGUCCUUGGUAUCUCUCCCUGCCAGCUGCAGUGCUUGGUCUGCUUUGGUAGAGAACAGAUUUCAGUGUGCUACGUCUCGCCUAGAGCCAGAGCGUGUGGGUAUGACCUGCUAUUCAACCUAGUUUGGCUUGAACCACUGAGGCAGAGGUUCUCGGUUUUGCAUGGAAGUUAAUUCAGUAAUGUUGGGUUUUUCCUUUGUUGUUUUGUUUUUGUUUUUUAAAGGCAGAGAUCAUAAGGCUACUGCAGAAAAAAGUCCUUAUUUGCCUUAUUUGAUAAUCUCACUGCAAUGGUCAGGUUGUGUAACCAGGAGUGGAAAGUGUCUUUGUGUAGCAUAGGAACAGCUUAUUUCCCUGUGGGACACCAGUCUUUCACUUUGACUGAUGUUCUCAUUGUAGCUCUGCUCCGAGCACUCAUCUGCAACCUCUGCUCGGAAGGAUCAGUUCUCCUUUGGCCACUAUUUCCUGCAGUUAAGGCUCUCUAGGCUGGUGUUUUCUGCCUGUGGGGAGCCAUGAAGUCAUAUGACUUGUGGAAGGAGCAGAGAUAACAACAAGCACCCAUCUGUUCUUCUUUUCCAUCUCUUUGGGAUGUCCGGGUGUCCCUGGUUAGAAUUCUUCUCCAGAUAAGAUAGUGGAGGUGUCACUGUGGGGCAGUCCGGCCAGAAAACAAUAGCGGGUUGAGUCCAAAAACCAAGAUUGAUCAGUGAGUACGUCUCUGUUGUCAAUAAGGGGCAGAGCUGCUCUGUGGAGGUCAAGGCUGGAGCUGUACCCCACAUCCCUUCAGCUUCUUCCUCUGAUAAACUUCCAGGAGAGCUAUCACACUUGUUCUUCAGAAAGCUUGGGGUCAGAAGCUCCGCUGAGAGUAAGGCUGCAAGAGCCAUAGCGUGUGCAAGAGCUUCCAAGCCUCCAUUACUUGGGUGAUAACUGUUCCUUGGCUGAGUGGGAUGUUCCAGUACUUGUUUUUCUGCGUCUGCUUUGUCAUCCAGUUGCAGCCAGUGUCUUCAAUGGCCCUGGACCCCUGCUCUGCCUACAUCAGCCUGAACGAGCCCUGGAGGAACACAGACCACCAGAUAAACGGUUCCCACGGCCAGCCGACGUGCGACAAUCAGAUCGACGGGGAGUGGUAUCGCUUCACCGGCAUGGCUGGCGAUGCUAUGCCCACCUUCUGCAUCCCGGAGAACCACUGUGGCACCCAUGCUCCCAUCUGGCUGAACGGCAGCCACCCGCGGGAGUCGGACGGCAUCGUCCCACGCCAAGCCUGUGCCAGCUUCAAUGGGAACUGCUGCCUUUGGAACACCACGAUUGACGUCAAGGCGUGUCCGGGCGGGUACUACGUGUAUCACUUAACCAAGCCCAGUGUUUGUUUCCAUGCCUACUGUGGGCAUUUUUAUGACAUCUGUGAUGUGGUGGAUUGCCAGGGCUCCUGCCUGGACACCAGUGACUGCAUGUGUUCCCUGGGGACGACACUAGGACCUGAUGGACAGACAUGUCUUGAUGAAAAUGAAUGUGAGCAGAACAAUGGAGGCUGCAGUGAAUUUUGUGUUAACCUGAAGAACUCCUACCGCUGUGAGUGUGGGAUCGGGCGCACGCUGGGCAGUGAUGGGAAAACCUGUGAAGAAAUUGAAGGCUGUCACAAUAACAACGGAGGCUGUAGCCAUACCUGCAUUGAAGUGGAAGACACCUACCAGUGUGAAUGUCCGAGGGGACUUGUUCUGUCAGAAGACAACCACACUUGCCAAGUUCCAGUGCUGUGCAAGUCCAGCUCUAUUGAGGUGAGCAUCCCAAAGGACCUGGUUGGAGGCCUGGACCUUUCCCUCAUCAACACUUCGUGCAAAGGAGUAUCCAACGGCACUCAUGUCAACAUCCAUUUCUCCUUGAAGUCCUGCGGCACUGUUGUAGAUGUAAUAAACGAUAAAAUCAUCGCCACCAACCUGGUGACUGGCUUGCCAAAGCAGACUCCUGGAAGCAAUGGGGACAUCAUUGUCCGCACCAGCAAGCUGCUGAUCCCGGUGACCUGUGAGUUCCCACGCCGCUACACCAUCUCUGAGGGUUAUGUGCCCAACCUCAAGAACUCUCCAUUGGAAAUCAUGAGCCGCAACCGGGGCAUCUUUCCCUUCACUCUUGAGAUCUUCAAAGACAAAGACUUUGAUGAACCCUACAGGGGUGCUCUUCCUACCCUCAAGCUUCGGGACUCUCUCUACUUUGGGAUUGAACCCUUGGUACACGUCAGUGGACUAGAGACACUGGUAGAGAGCUGCUUUGCCACUCCCACCUCAAAAAUCGACGAGAUCCUGAAGUACUACCUGAUUCAAGAUGGCUGCGUUUCUGAUGAUUCAGUGAAGCAGUACACGUCGAAGGACCACCUUGCCAAGCAUUUCCAGGUUCCCGUGUUCAAGUUUGUGGGCAAAGACAACAAGGAGGUGUUCCUGCACUGCCGCAUCCUGGUGUGCGGGGCGCUGGACGAGAGCUCGCGCUGCGCCCAGGGCUGCCGGAGACGGGUGCGCCGGUCGGCCGAGACGGGCCAAGAGGAGGAGGAAUCUGUUCCCGUGGCAAACCACAUCCUGACAGGCGGCCCCAUCAGAAUCGACUUGGAGGACUAACACCCGCCCGCCGGAACAGCAUCUCCGCCUCAGACCGCCCUUCCUUAGCAACACCUUCUUUCAUGGCCGUUUGAGAAACAAGAGGUAUUUGGUCAAGCCCCACUCACACCUCAGGACUCGUUUCCCUAACCGCCUGAUGAGUUUUUGUGAGGGAUGUUGGGCACACGAGGCAGCCCUCUGCGUGCAACCCGGGCUGCAGAACAGUUAGGUUUUACCUGCGUUUCUUCCCAGCGACCCUUCAGCUGAAGGGGAUCCUAUUGCUUUGCAGGCCUUGAAGCGUUACCCAACUUAGUCUUUCCCGACAUCUGCCUGCAGGCUCCACAGGACUCUUUGCCCUUGACUAAACAAACGUUAUUUGAGCCUUUCUUUCAUCAGGCAGUACAAAUAGUAUCAUAGCUGAAUGCGUUUGCUGUGCAGUUCUGUGGAAGAUGCUGAAGCUUUCGGAUGUGAUGAGAUUUUGGAUGACAGUUAUUAAAAACAUGUAUAAAAACAUUGUAUCUCGCAGCGUGUAAGCUCCUCGGAGCUAUAAAACAGUUGUCAUCACAGGCAGCUAAAGCUCAGAUCUAUCACAGGCACAUUUAAAUGUUAUUUUUAAAUAGUAAGAGCUAUUUAAUAAAACUUGACCUUUUUUUUUA